CAGCAGGCGCGCGCUGUUUCCGGAAGUUGCGGCUGCCGUCUCGGCUGCUGCUGCCUCAGCUACUGCCGUGGUCGCCGCGGAAUUCGGCGAGUAGAACCGCUGAGGCGAGCGCGGGCCCGUGUGGGGCCGGGGUUCCGGCCACUCUGCAGAAUGGAGAUAAUCAGGAGCAAUUUUAAGAGUAAUCUUCACAAAGUGUACCAGGCCAUAGAGGAGGCCGACUUCUUCGCCAUCGAUGGGGAGUUUUCAGGAAUCAGUGAUGGACCUUCAGUCUCUGCAUUAACAAAUGGUUUUGACACUCCAGAAGAAAGGUAUCAGAAGCUUAAAAAGCAUUCCAUGGACUUCUUGCUAUUUCAGUUUGGCCUUUGCACUUUUAAGUAUGACUACACAGAUUCAAAGUAUAUAACGAAGUCAUUUAACUUCUAUGUUUUCCCGAAACCCUUCAAUAGAUCUUCACCAGAUGUCAAAUUUGUUUGUCAAAGCUCCAGCAUUGACUUUCUAGCAAGCCAGGGAUUUGAUUUUAAUAAAGUUUUUCGCAAUGGAAUUCCAUAUUUAAAUCAGGAAGAAGAAAGACAGUUAAGAGAGCAGUAUGAUGAAAAACGUUCACAGGCGAAUGGUGCAGGAGCUCUGUCCUACGUAUCUCCUAACACUUCAAAAUGUCCUGUCACGAUUCCUGAGGAUCAAAAGAAGUUUAUUGACCAAGUGGUAGAGAAAAUAGAAGAUUUAUUACAAAGUGAAGAAAACAAGAACUUGGAUUUAGAGCCAUGUACCGGGUUCCAAAGAAAACUAAUUUAUCAGACUUUGAGUUGGAAGUAUCCGAAAGGCAUUCAUGUGGAGACUUUAGAAACUGAAAAGAAGGAGCGAUACAUAGUUAUCAGCAAAGUAGAUGAAGAAGAACGCAAAAGAAGAGAGCAGGAGAAACAUGCCAAAGAACAGGAGGAGCUGAAUGAUGCUGUGGGGUUUUCUAGAGUCAUUCAUGCCAUUGCUAAUUCGGGAAAACUUGUUAUUGGACACAAUAUGCUCUUGGACGUCAUGCACACAGUUCAUCAGUUCUACUGCCCUCUGCCUGCGGACUUAAGUGAGUUUAAAGAGAUGACAACAUGUGUUUUCCCCAGACUCUUGGAUACUAAAUUGAUGGCCAGCACACAACCUUUUAAGGAUAUCAUUAACAACACAUCCCUUGCGGAAUUGGAAAAGCGUUUAAAAGAGACACCUUUCAGCCCUCCUAAAGUUGAAAGUGCCGAAGGUUUUCCAAGUUAUGACACAGCCUCUGAACAACUCCACGAGGCAGGCUACGAUGCCUACAUCACAGGGCUGUGCUUCAUCUCCAUGGCCAAUUACCUAGGUUCUUUUCUCAGCCCUCCAAAAAUUCAUGUGUCUGCCAGAUCAAAACUCAUCGAACCUUUUUUUAACAAGUUAUUUCUUAUGAGGGUCAUGGAUAUCCCCUAUCUAAACUUGGAAGGACCAGACUUGCAGCCUAAGCGUGAUCAUGUUCUGCAUGUGACGUUCCCCAAAGAAUGGAAAACCAGCGACCUUUACCAGCUUUUCAGUGCCUUUGGUAACAUUCAGAUAUCCUGGAUUGAUGACAUAUCAGCAUUUGUUUCCCUUAGCCAGCCCGAGCAAGUAAAGAUUGCUGUCAAUACCAGCAAAUAUGCAGAAAGCUAUCGGAUCCAAACCUAUGCUGAAUAUAUGGGGAAAAAACAGGAAGAGAAGCAGAUCAAAAGAAAGUGGACUGAAGAUGGCUGGACACCUUUCAUGUUGUUCCACUUUUUGCAUUUCAGUUUUACAGCUCCCAGCACAGUAGGAAAGAGAAACUUGAGUCCUAGUCAAGAGGAAGCUGGCCUGGAGGACGGAGUGUCGGGGGAGAUUUCCGACGCUGAGCUUGAGCAGACUGACUCCUGUGCAGAGCCCCUCUCAGAGGGAAGGAAAAAGGCCAAGAAAUUAAAAAGAAUGAAGAAGGAGCUUUCUCCAGCAGGAAGCAUCUCGAUGAACAGCCCUGCCACACUCUUUGAAGUUCCUGACACAUGGUAACCAGGACCUGAGGGCAGCAAACCGCUGGUGCUGUCGCUGUGAGCAAGAGCCGGCUGGCACAUUUGGAAGCCAUACUGUAUUUAACUUAAUCAAAUGUGGUAUGGGAGGGGUUGGAAACCUAGUUGUCUCCUGGGGGUGGGGGGAAGAGGUUUUAUUUUUGUGGCUGUGGUUUUUUUUCCCUUUUUAAUCUAACUGCCUGUUGACGUUGACACUCAUCACGGUUGUAGGCUGUCAUGAAUGUGUACGUGCUUAACCAGUGAAUUCCAUGUUGCUUGUGUGAGGCCUUUCCUGUCAUGACCCAGUGUGCUUAAGAACCCGCCUGAUGGGGAGUGUUGGCUGUGAAAUCUGCAGAAAGAGCUGACGUUCCAGCUGCCGUGAUCAUGAAUUUGGGGGUAUACUCCCCUGCCUGUGCAUCUUCUCGCGCUGAGAUUUUGAGGCGGUUGCAGCCCCCAGUUGGUCUCCCAGUGGAGAUAUCAGUUGUGCCUCCCUGCUUCCCACCAUAGCUGCCUGAAAACAUGACGUUCUCACACUUGUCCUUCCAUCAGGAAGAUGUUCACUCACGUCCACCCAUGAGGGGGCUUGCUGUAUGCCCUGGCCGUUGGGCAUAUUUAUGUAGAGUUCCUUUUUCCUAAGACGUGAGUUUCUCGUGGGGGAUGUACGAGUAAAAGGGUUAACUUCUGUUCUUAUCGUGGCGCUGUGUUUACUUUCCAGAGUCUCUGUUCGUUUGUUUGGAUGGUGGUCUCGGGGUACGGCAGCGUGUGUGCAUACGUGUGUGUGUGUGUGUGUGUGUGUGAAAUCGUGCAAAUCUACAUGUCCCAGCCCAUUCUCUGUUUAAACAGAUCACAGCAAUGACAAACGCUCAUGGCGCUGCUUCGCUUCACCUGCUUCAGAUAGAUCAUUGUUAGAUAUUUCACAUUUUUGUAUGGUGGAAAUAAAAAUGAAAAAUGUAUUUCCAAAAGAUGAAAAUUAAAGACAUUUUCAUAGGA